AACUGUGUGCUUUAAACAACAAAGAGAGACACUUUUGAUAAAGACCAUCAUGUUGAUAUCAUGUGACAAAACCUGAGACCUCUAAGAGCAGUCUGUGGUUUGAUGAGUUCAAAGACUCUCCGUUUGGUGCAAACCUACAGGAAACACAGUGUCCACCGUCGGUGGUGUUUCUCUUCAUCUGUAGGAAAUUGAAAGCUUUUUGGUACUUUGAAAGAGCCAGAUUCAACAUGGAUGGAGGAAAAUAUUCUGAAGAAAAAUAUGGCCUGAAAAAAGAAGUUGUGUGAGGUCAUUCUCCCUGUCUCCCCUAAUCCCUCAUGGUGGUCAUCUUUCUGUCCCUGGGUUCAUUUCUAAUCCAUCCAUGGUCCUAUACCGUAGCUGCUAACACCCUCCAUCUGUCCCUGUCCUCAUAUAAAAACAACCCAUUGUCCCGCAUUACAAAACUCUCAUAAUUCACGGGGACUCUCCUCUCAUCCUUUGUGAGCCUGUGUUUUAUCCUUUUCCACUGUGAAUCCAUCCUACCAUCACCAAAAGUUUCAUCAUGUCUGAUGUAGAGGAAGAAUAUGAGUGAGUAAUGUUUCUUCUUUUUUUUUAAUCAUUACUGACUGUUUGACUAUUAAUGGGUGUGUAAUGUUUACUCAUUCCUAUUUCUUCCCUAAAUGGCACAUUAGGGAACAAGCAGAGGCAGAGGAGGAGGAUGCGGCUGCAGAGGAUGCCGGAGCAGAAGAGCAGGAGUAUACAGAUUAUCAAGAGGAGACUCAGGAAGAAGAGGAGGAAAGACCCCGGCCCAAGCCCAUGGUUCCACAACUUGCCCCUCCAAAGAUUCCAGAGGGUGAGCGGGUAGACUUUGAUGAUAUUCACCGAAAAAGAAUGGAGAAAGACUUUCUGGAGUUACAGACUUUAAUUGAUGUCCACUUUGAGCAGAGGAAGAAAGAGGAGGAAGAGCUGAUCGGUCUCAAGGAGAGAAUUGAGCGGCGGCGGGCAGAACGAGCAGAGCAGCAGCGUGUUAGAGCAGAGAAAGAAAGAGACAGACAGACGAGGAUUGCGGAAGAGCGCCAGAGGAAAGAGGAUGAGGAGGCUAAGAAGAGAGCAGAAGACGAGGCCAAGAAGAAGAAGGUUUUGUCCAAUAUGGGGGCAAACUUUGGUGGCUUCUUAGCCAAGGCAGAGCAGAAAAGAGGGAAGCGUUUGACUGGACGAGAGAUCAAGAGAAAGACUCUUUCAGAGAGACGCUCUCCUCUUGGCAUCGAAAAUCUCCGAGAGGAUGGGUUGAGGCAGCGAGCUCAGGAAAUGUGGAACUGGAUUUAUCAGCUGGAGUCAGAGAAGUUUGACCUCUUGGAUCAAAUGAAGAGACAGAAAUAUGAGAUUGUUGUUCUGCUGAACAGGAUUUCUCAUGCUCAAAAAUUCAAAAAAGUCCAUGGUAAAGGAAAGGUCGGAGGUCGCUGGAAAUAAGACAUUGGAGAAAUUCUGAAAAGCCAACAUGGAUGCUUUUACUUCUGAUUCUUCUGACAAUUUCACAGUCUCUGCAAUGAAUAACAUUUCUGAAUAUGUUCAAAACCUAUCUCAGAUCUGAUGUGCUUGGAUUAGAUUAAUCACUUCUGCUUGUUUUAUUCUCAUUUGUAAGGCACAUUGGAUAAAAAGUGUCUGCUAAAUAAAUAAAUGUAAAAUGCA